AUGCGCAAACUCAGUGAUUUGCGCUUUCCCGGUGAAUGGUUCCCCGAAGCACGACAAAUGCAGAGAAAAAUCAUUCUUCAUGUUGGACCGACAAAUAGCGGCAAAACGUAUCGUGCGUUGAAACGUCUGGAAGAAGCCGAAUCUGGCAUUUAUUGCGGUCCCUUGCGUUUGUUGGCUCACGAAGUGUUCGAAAAAAUGAACGCCAAAGGCAUCACUUGCAAUUUAUUAACCGGCGAAGAAAAACGGGUGAUGGAUGAAGCUUGCCUGAUGACAAGUUCGACGGUGGAAAUGGCUAAUCUUGGUCGACGUAUGGAAGUGGCGGUCAUUGACGAGAUCCAGAUGAUAGGCGAUCCGCUUCGCGGCUGGGCAUGGACCCAAGCAUUACUAGGUUUAAAGGCCAAAGAAAUCCAUCUGUGCGGCGAACCUGCCGCUGUGCCUCUGAUCAAAUCCAUUUGCGAGUCUCUCAACGAGGAAGUCGUUGUCAACGAGUACGAGCGCUUGACUCCCGUCACUAUCAACGAAGCAUCAUUAAAUCGCAAUUGGACGAAAAUCCGUAAAGGCGAUUGCGUGGUUGCAUUUUCUCGCAGUCAAAUUUUUGAGAUCAAAACGAAAAUUGAAAAGGAAACAGGACUGAAAUGUGCCGUCGCGUAUGGCGCUCUUCCUCCAGAGACGCGAGCGAUGCAAGCCAGGUCUUUCAAUGACCCGGAAAGCGAUGUGAAUGUGCUUGUCGCUUCUGAUGCUGUAGGAAUGGGUCUCAACUUAAAUAUUAAACGUAUCAUUUUCUCGACUGUCAAGAAAUUCGAUGGACAUGCCAAUCGCUAUAUGAGUAUACCUCAACUGAAGCAAAUCGCUGGUCGAGCAGGUCGCUUUGGUACAACUUAUGCCAACGGUCAAGUUACCACCAUGUAUCCACAAGAUUUAAACUAUGUCAAGAUGGCCAUGAAGGCACCGAUCCAUUAUCUAAAGUUGGCUGGGUUACAACCUACGGUGGACAUGUUGGAAUUUUUUGCUGUUCAGAUGCCUCAAGAAUCCUUCCCCAAUCUGUUGCAAAAAUUUGAAGAAAUGGCAUCAGUCGAAAGUUCUUAUUUCCUCUGUAAUUUCGGGGAUCAGAAGAAAAUUGCCGAAGCCAUCAAUCACGUUGAUCUGAAUUUGCGGGACCGGUACAUUAUUUCCACAGCCCCAGUGAGCACUCGGAACGAACAAUUAUUGGAUACUGUGGCCCGCUUUGCAGAGAUGCACAGCCACAGCGAUACAUGCACGCUGGAUACCGUCGUUACGUUGCCUAAACAACCUCCACGCGAGCCGAAAUCUUUACAAGAAUUAGAACUGGCUCAUAAAACCAUUAUGCUGUACAUGUGGCUAGCGUAA